GAUAACAAUCAAAGGCCGCAAUUACUGUCAGCAUGUGAAAGGCAGAGAUGGCCUCCCCGUGAAGAACGGGUUCUUAUAAAAGCACUGUGGUGAGACUCCCCAAAAGUCAUCCGAGGCACCUUAGCCCUUUCAUUUCUUCUGUCAGUGAAUCAGGCUACAGAAGAUGGGGAGCAUUUUCACAAGCUUCCUUCUGUUGCUCAUAUGUGUGACAAUCGGCUCAACACAGCACUGGUCCUAUGGUCUGCAACCUGGAGGAAAAAGGGAUGCUGAAAACCUGAUAGAAUCUUUCCAAGAGAUUGCAAAUGAACUGGACGAACAGGAGGAACUGAAGCGUUUUGAAUGCAGAACCACAUCUCAGAACCCUACCUUGCGAGGACUGAAAGGAGCCCUAGCAAGUCUGAUUAACAGGGAGACUGGGCGAAAGAAGAUUUAAAUCUCCCAAAUGAAAUGUACGAAGUCCAACAUAUGUUUUGUUGUAUAUUGUAGAAUAUGCAGGAGUAUCUUUAGAAUUUUAGUUUGAGAAUGGACCCAUAUUCAUGAACUUUCUGUGUCUAUGUUAAC